AUGGCCUCCGGUGCGGCGUGCGGCUCUGCGCCCGCCCGGCCGCCCCGACAGCAGCCGCGGCCAAGGGGCGACUCCCGGCGGCGCCAGGCCGCGCUCUUCUUCCUCAACAACAUCUCCCUGGACGGCCGCCCGCCCGGGCCCCCCUCCGAGCAGCAGCAGCCGCCGCCGCCGCCCGCAGGCUCGGCCGAAGGGGAGGCGGCGGCGGCAGCACCGGAACCGGCCGGAGCCCCCCCCUGCCCGCCGCCGCCCGCGCUGCUGCUGCCCGGGGUACCCCCGCUGCUCGCGGCCGCUGGAGCCAGAGCGGGGGAGGCGGACCCCUCCCGCGGGGGCAUCUUCCUGCCGCAGCUGCUGCUGGGCGGCCCGCUGUGCCCGCCGCUGCCGCCCGCCCCGCCGGGGAUGCUGGCGGCCGCUAAGCCGGGCGCAGCGGGGCUGCUGAGCCCGACGCAGAACGCAGCGGGCGGCGGCUUCGUGCUGGAGGCGCAGCGGCAGAGGAACAAGCCUAUAUCUGGGUCUCCGAGACACAAAAGUUUGAAGAAGAUGCAUUUCAUCAAGAACAUGAGGCAGUAUGACACUAAGAACAGCAGGAUAGUGUUAAUCUGUGCCAAACGAACACUGUGUGUGGCUUUUUCUAUCCUACCUUACGGGGAGAGUUUACGGAUCAGUGAUCUAAGAAUGGAAGGACAGAAGCAGCGACAUCCUUCUGGGGGAGUUUCAGUCUCCACCGAGAUGGUGCUCGGACUGGAAGGAGUAGAGCUGGGUGCUGAUGGCAAGGUUGUGUCCUAUGCAAAAUUCCUGUAUCCGACCAAUGCCCUUGUGGUUCGCAAAGCCGACAGCCACGGUGCUGUUCCCUCCUGUCGAGCUGGUGCUUCUCGGAGUCUUCCUGGAUCGAGAUACAAACCUGUGACAGCAAAACCAAUACCAGCAGGAACAGACCUUGGAAGUGAUGCUGGGGAAGCCGCAGAGUAUGAUCCAAAUAUUCUGGAUGAUCCUCAAUGGCCCUGUGGAAAACACAAACGUGUUCUCAUCUUUGCCUCUUACAUGACUACAGUCAUUGAAUAUGUGAAACCCUCAGACCUUAAAAAGGAUAUGAAUGAAACCUUCAGAGAGAAGUUUCCUCAUAUCAAGCUGACGCUGAGCAAAAUUAGGAGUUUAAAGAGAGAGAUGCGGAACCUGAGUGAAGAGUGCAAUUUGGAGCCAGUUACUGUCUCCAUGGCUUAUGUUUACUUUGAGAAGCUCGUCCUUCAAGGCAAACUCAACAAACAGAACCGCAAACUGUGUGCUGGUGCUUGCGUUCUGCUUGCAGCCAAGAUCAGCAGUGAUCUCAGGAAACACGAAGUUAAACACCUUAUAGAUAAACUAGAAGAGAGAUUCAGAUUCAACAGAAGAGAUCUCAUUGGUUUUGAAUUCACCGUCCUCGUAGCUUUGGAACUGGCGCUCUAUCUUCCUGAAAACCAAGUUUUACCUCACUACAGACGGCUCACACAACAGUCUUAACCAAAGCUACGUUCAGCUGACAGCCAGUGGCGCUAGGGAUGGCAUCACUGAACACUGCUGGUGGAGUUGCCACCAGCCCUUCCACACCCCUGCGUGCAUCCUGCCCUGGUGACAGCCACUUUUGGAGCUUGCAGCGUGUCACUGAACUGUUGAGGUGUACAUUGUGGCCACGUAUGGCAAGUCUGGGGGAUGGUACCAGAAGGGUUAAUGAACUUUGAUUUUUCUUUUGGACAUUUAAAGCACAGAUAUUCACCAGUCAGCUGUCAUGGCUGCUUAUUAUUCCUUAUUUAUCCUUUUGGUUUUACUUAAAACUGUUCUUCCCUAUGAAGAAUACUAUGGUAUUGUUUCUUUUUGUUUAUUUUUAAAGCCUUUAUUAUAUUCCUUGAAACUAAAGGAAGCAUCACUUCCAUUCCAGUGCACCACAGAAUUCAGAGGUUUCUAAGAAUCUUCUUGCGUUUUUACAUUAAUGAAAUGCAUACUUUAUUUUUUUAAUGAUGUGCCUAAAACUGGCUGGUCUGGUACCAGUGCUUUUUAAGUUAGUUAUUUUAUUUAGUGGGGAAACCUGAAUCCGUGUAGCCAUUUAUUCUUUACCUUCAUUGGCCUUGCAUAGAAGGAAGACAAUUCCAGUAUAUCUGCACUAAUGAUACACAGGGCAUCUAUUCUCUACUAUACUACAGAUCUACAGUCGUAAGACUGAAAUUACUUCAUUCCAAUUUAGUUGACUAUUAUUACCUUAAGAAUAUACAUUUGCUUUAAAAGGUUGAAAAUCUCUCAUGAAGUACCUACAUGUUGAACAAGGUUGCUGCAGCAAAGCCAUUGCCAUCCAAAUUCACCCUUUAGUGCAAGAUGAGUGCUAGACUAAGAGCAGUUUUACUGUCAAAUAUUUCAUUUCCAGUUUUUGUUUCAGCGUUCCACAGUCUGAGAUAAGCACCUUCUUAGUAUGACUGUAUUAUAUACGGUCUUAAGUGUUCAGAACAAAUGAGUAAGUAGAGCUACUGCUGCCAAAUGAAGCCAAUGUAACAAAGCAUGCUCAAUAUUUAAAUGCUACCUUUUUACUCCGUUCUUCCAGCAUUGGUCACUGUGAUGGUCCUCAUAGCACUGGCAUUUGUUGCACAUCUGAACAGCCCAGCAGUGCUCUAAUGCUUACUCAGAGGGUAAAUAACUUCUCUGAUCAUUGCCUAUUCCUUCAUUUACUUUAAAUAUCCAGGUUGGGAAUGAACUCUUGUUGUUCAGAACAUUCUGUGAUACUGGCUCUUGGGUUGAUUUUCUAAAGCAAUAUUAUUAUACAAACAACUGCGGCCGUUUGCAAGGAACAAAACUGAUGCUUGGCUAUUACAACUGAGAAACGUGUCAUUUAAGUUGGACUCCUAAAUGAAAUAUUAGACCUCGUACUGAGGCAAGGGACUUGCUCUCUAAUAUGUACAGUAAUGUAAAUUCCUGUUCCUUGUAUUAAAUGUUGGUUGUAGCCAAAACCAAAGCUGAAUCUUUCCUUUUCAGCUGUGUUUUGUCUGAAGCUAAUUUGGCUUCAUUAGAAUUGCAUCAAACUUUACUGGAGCCCCUUCCUCUUUAAGAAGGGCUCGAAGUGUAUUUUUCAUAUAUAGUGACUAUCAGAUCUUUUGUAACUGUGUUCAGCUGUGUGUAGCUUCAAGUUAUUGUGUACAAUUUAAAGUGCUUGUGACUUCUAACCCAGAAGGACUUUCCAGUCUCCGUAAGUGAGAUGGUAACAGAGUUUGACAGUAAGCUUGCCAGUUAUCUUCCAAAAGGUUUAAAAACUUGCCUACUAGUUAAACUUUCUACUGAAUAUAACUGUCCUUGCAUGCAAGUAGUGAUGUACUGAACAUCUAGUGUAUCGUUAGCCUUCAAAUUAGCUAACAGUGAAGGCAACAAUGUGCUCCAUCACUCCUUAAAGUUAUUAGGGAGGGGACUGAGGUAGAACUGAGCAUAGGAACUUUUGGCACAGUUAUCUCCAGAGCUAGCAACCCAUUUUGGUAUAAAUGAAAUCAGAAAAUGCCUUUCUCUGGGAACUUUACCAUAUAAAGAGUUUUCUGUAACAAAAUUAACUUUCCUUUCUUGCCAUGUAAGGAAAACAACGCACUUUGGUUUGCCAGCCACUGUUCAGUGGAAGUUUGUCUAGUUGCAGUGGGCAUUUGGGCUGCAGGGACACAUGCAGAACCUACAGCUUCACAUCAUAACCCGGCAAGCUUUUGUUUUCCCUUUCAGAAGAAUACAUUAGGCUAAGGAGCAUUAAGUUCAGAAUGGUUCAUUUUGUCUAAAGGUUACAGAAACGUUGGCUUGGGCCCAUGGGGCUAUUGGUGAGCUCAGAAGCCGGAGCAGAGGCCAGAAACCCUGCAGUGGAGCUGCACUGGUAGAGCGUGGUCUGGGGAUGAUGCCGUCCAGGGGUGCAGCUCAUGCAUCAGUGCCUCCGUUGUGGCGUCUGUGCAGAACUAACCUUUCCUCACAGAUACGGUACCGUGUGCGUGUCUGUGCUGGGUUUUGUCCCUAGAGUGUAGCUUGCAGUUCUGUGCGGGAAUACUUUCCACCUAAAAGCUGCCACCAUGUGGCAAAGGAAUAUUAUUGCGUUUAGCCGUUAAACUGAAAGCGGGACCCAAACUCACCCAUGCAUUUGCCACCUUGGCAUUUUCACAGCCCAGCUCCUCCUGCUGCGAAGGGAAGCGCUGGUUUACAUCGAGGCGAGGGGGGGUCCUUGUGCUGUGGAGCGUGUAAAGAUGCUGCUGACUUGGCUCAGCGUGAACUCUCUUGAUAAGAGCUGUACAUUUUUUAUGUGUUAUGGUUUUGUCUUACUCCCUUAUUUAAAAGCCUGAGUUGUAGCCUGUUCCAUGUUUUGGGUUGGUUUUUUUUUUGUGAGAUUACGAUGCUGUGAAAUAAACACCGUUUUGGUA